CUAGCCUUCUAGUCUCCCUUAUACAUAUCUCUCCAUCUCUCCAAUACAUAUAAGGAAAUAGCAUGGGGCUUCUUUGGCUGACACGUGGCCAAUUUUCAACCCAAAAUUACCUUUUUUUAUGGUAAUUACGAGAUUGCCAUUUUACUUUAUGCAUAGUGGGGGAAAGGGAAAUCUGCUGAGGUUGCCAUAUAUUUUCUGCUGUUCGGUGGAUUUGCCCCUCAAUUGUUUUCCUUUUCUUCUGGGUCGUGCAAUCCUCUCACAUCAAUCUCACCUGCUACAAGCCUACAAGUCUCUACUUUUGACUUCUUCCUCUCCAAAACGCCAACCUCACAAUUUCUUCCCUCUCUCAGAAGCAACAUCAAGAAACCAUAGGAGAUUAUGAGCCUCGUCACCCACACCGAGUACAUUUCUGUCGUUCCCAAGGCGACGGAUUACCGCGUCUUCCGCCUCCGCCUCCGCCUCCGCCUCCGCCAAAUCAAUCGCGUCGACGUCGCUGCCGGAGAUGGUCUACGACAUCAACUAUGUUUCUCGAGAUCAGCGACGCAACCAGCCCCCGAGCGCAUCGUCUUGAAGAAUGUCGAUGCGAAGAGGAUGAUAAAGGAUAAGUUUUUCGAUCUGGGCGACUUCCCCGAGCCGUACUUGUCUGCGAGGGUUGUCGACGAUUAUAAUGCCAUCGGCGUUGGAUACAAGACAAAUUGUCAGAAGAACCCUAAUGCUCUGGACAAAGACGAUCUUGCCCUCUUGAAGACCUAUGCACGGUUUAUAUUUAUCUCUUCUCUAUUACCUCAUUUCCAGCUAUUAUUUACGGCAUCGCUAUUCGUGUCCGGCUAUUGCGGUUCGUCAAUUACUGACCCCAGGAGAAGUGCGCCACCAGUUUGGCCAUUCUUGGUCUGCUCCGUGAAUAGGGAUUCGAGGAAGGGUUUGGCGGAAAAAGCGAGGCUAUGGCUUGUUACAAUCUCCGAGGAAGCAACUCAGCACCAAGCAGCUAUGAAGUCGGUUUCGACCACCGGUGGACUCAAGAAGCCCUACCAUCCCGCCCUGGAACAGUUGCUCCCCAUUUCCACCGCCACACAGGUUUUCUUGUUAUCUAUUUUGUUAGCAUUUGGCCAAUUUCUCGAGCCUGAAGAGCAAGAUCCUCCAUUCGUCAGAGUCGAUAUCUCUCUAUCUCCUCGAUCAUCGUGUGCUGUGAUUUGGGGACGCCCGAAUCCGGCCACUGGAGGGAGAGUACUACUGCGGGGCAGAAGACCAUGA